UGGGCCUAAUUGCAGGCCGUCAAAAGAGCUUAUAAGUCAACUUUUUAAGCAUUGCCAAACAUGCUGUAAACGAAGAGACCGAAUUGUGACAUGUGAACCCGCCUGAACUAAAUUCGAAUUCCCAAUUUUCCUUUCCAAUUCUCAUUUCGAUUUCUUUUCGCCAGAUCACAUAUAAUCAAUCUUUCCUCUUUCUCUUUAAUCACAAAAUCGCUGCUUUUAUCCCUAAUGAAAUAUUAACCUGUGAAAGAGGCGGCCAUGGAAGGAGAAGGAAGUUCGGAGAUGGAAUUCACGAAUAUCGAGACAACAGCAGAGUCACUAGACACUUCUGUGAUUUUUCACGUCGUUAUCGAUAUUCUUGGCUUCAUUCUUUUCAUGCAUCAACAAAUUCCUUCUGUAUUGCAGGAUAUUAGUCAGGAAUUUGAUGAAUUGCGUGCCGAGUACAACGAUUUGGUGGAUCUCACUCCACAAAGUGAAGUGAAGCCAGUGUCAUUAAGGAGAAAGCAAGCUGCAAGAAGAAGAGAAGUAAAAAUGGGAAUUAGAAGGCUGGAAAAAUUGAUGAAUACUAUUUCUAAUCUCAAGACUGCUGUUCAAGUAAUGAUCACUGAGGUUCCCAAUUUGGAGACAAUUAUUCUGGUUCUUGGACCAAGUCCCUUAAGGCCUCUACAUGUUUAUGAGCUGUGUUUUUUACAAGGAAGGAUUGUUUCGGGUGAUUUUGGUCGAAGUAAAGUUACUGAAGGGCUUUCAAGAAAGGCGAUACGUACAUUGAUAUCAAGGGGCGCAGGAUCAGAUUCGUAUGCUGGUCCGACGAAGUUGUUUGUACUAGUUAAAGCUCCCUCUUCAUUCAAUAUUCCUAUGCAUUUUCUCCCCAAGCGCGAGUUUAGAUACAAUAGGAAGGUAAAAAUCCGAACUUUAUCGUUUUCCGAUUGGUAUCACUGUUGCUGUUUUUGAAUAUUUUUCUUGUUUGAAACUUGCAUUCACU